AAAGAGGGACUGAGGAAAGAGAUGAAUAGAAGGCACCAGAACCACCUACCAUGACCAAGUGCGCUGUAAAUGUAGGACAGAAAUUCGAGUGGAAUACAAACGGAUCAUCAAGCGAAAUAUUCGAGGGAAAACCAUGUUUGGAUGUGCCUUAUCUGAUUCAAAAAAAUUUCAUUAUGGUACCACAUGCGAUCAUUGGAACACAGGAAAAGUAUUUUUCCUCCCAAACAUUUCUUGCAUUUUGAAACGGAAAAGAAGAGUGGCAGUAAAAUACAUCUCUGUGCUAUCUUUCUCCGAUUAUCAAUGGUAGGCAUUGCAUAAUUCACCCUUAUCCACCGGAGCCAUUUGGUUCCUCUCCUCUUUGAGAAGAGGGGGACGCAAGAAAAAAACGACUACAUCCAGUAGCUGCCUUCUCGGUGAUGCCUGCAAUUGUUUGGCAAUGCCCUUUUCUCUCUUAGGAAGAACUUGCAGACAGUAGCGGGGAAACAAGUAGGGGAAGGAUGCAUUUAAAGCUGGAUGUGUGCUGCAUUCAGGGAGAUUCGGCAAUAAUAGCAGCUCUAGCAGAAACAGCGAGUGUGGAGGGCCUGGGAAGCCCCCAGCCCCACUAUCUCCUCCUUUUCCUCCCCCCCUGCAGGACCAUGCUUGCGUGAGGGAUGAGGCUGUGCACAGGGACACCAGGCCAGAGCUGCGGCCUACUUCUCACAAGAGCCGGUCUCUCGACUGCAAGAUCUGUGAACACAUUUCCACCAUCAAAUCAGCAUCUUUGGUCAUCAGGUAGAUCCAGGAGCAUGAGCAGGACUUUGAGCUGCGGGAGCAGAUGUCUGGGUAUAAGCGCAUGCGGCGGCAGCACCAGAAACAGCUGAUCGCCCUGGAGAACAGGCUAAAGGCCGAGAUGGAUGAGCAUAGGCUCCGGUUGCAGAAGGAAUUAGAGACACAUGCGAACAACACUUAUAUUGAGCUGGAAAGACUGGCCAAACGCCACGCUGCACAAACAGACAAAGAGAUGAAGUCAGUUGCAGCUGAAGAGAGGAGGAUCCAGCAACAGAUUGUUGCUCAGCAAAAGAAAGAGCUAACUAAUUUCUUAGAGAAUCAGAAAAAGGAGUACAGGCUUUGCAAAGACAAGAUCAAAGAAGAGAUGGAUGAAGACCCUUGUACACCCAAGGAGGAGAAGCAGGAGCGUCUGUCCAGGCACAAAGAAACAAUACAGCGCUCUCAGGCUGAGGAGGAAGCUCAUCUGCUAGCCCAGCAGAGGCUAGUCUACGAUAGGAGCUGCAGGGCCCUCAAACGCCGGAGUCUGGUCAGGAAGCAUGAGUUUGAACAGGAGCAACUGAGAGAGUCCCAGGAGCUGAACAAGAAGAGGACCCAGAAGGAGAUGGAACAUGCUCUGAUGAUCCGGCAGGACGAGUCCACCCAGGACAUGGAGCGCAGACAGCUGCAGAUGUUGCAGAAGCUGCGUAUUGAACUCAUGCGGCUGCAGCACCAGACAGAGCUCGAAAACCAGGAGGAGUACAACGGCCGGCGGCAGAGAGAACUACACAGGAAACACACUCUGGAGCAGCGGCAGCAGCCCAGAAACCUCAAGGUUGCUGGAACUUUCUCUUUGCCACUAUGUGGUUAUUUAGCACUUGAGAUGCAGAUCAAGAAACAAUUCCAGGAUACUUGCAAAGUGCAGAACAAGCAGUACAAAGCUCUUAGGAACCAUCAGCUGGAGGUCUCUCCUAAAGGCGACCAUAAGAACAUCCUUAAGAGCCUAAAAGAGGAGCAGACACGCAAGCUGGCCAUACUGGCUGAGCAGUAUGAGCAGAGCAUCAACGAGAUGAUGGCUUCACAAGCGAUGCGACUAGACGCAGAGCAGGAAAUAGAGUGCCAAGCUCUGAAGCAGCAGCUGAAGCAAGAGAUGGAGCUCCUGGAUGCCUACCAGAGAAAAACCAAGUCACAGAUGGAGACCCAACACGAGCGAGAGCAGCAGAAACUUGAGCAGAAGGUCUCCAUACGCAGGGCACACCUUGAACAGAAGAUUGAAGAGGAACUGGCAGCACUUCAGAAGGAGCGCACCGAAAGGAUCAAACACUUGUUGGAACGUCAGGACAGAGAAAUUAAUGCUUUUGACACAGAAAGUAGAAGCCUUGGCUUCAGAAGCCUGGAAUCUCUGGACUUCCCCAAAGAAGACAACAGAUGAAAGUGGAUUUAUCUUUAGAGGACAACAAAUCCUUGCCCUUUUUGUCACUACCAUGGUGACAAAGCUGGAUAACUUUCUCUAUUGCUUUUCUUCUCUCUUAGAUAUUGCAUCUUUGAUUUGAGGUGUUACGUGCAAUGAGAACUUCUUUUGUGAAACUUGAAGGGUGAAAGGAAAACAAAAAAAAUCUACAACAACAUGUCAAUAAAAAUCAAACCUAGUCAGUGUAACUCAAAACUUAUGUGUUAAAAAUAACAGACUCUUUCCUCCAUGCCAUUCACUCCUUUUGGUAUGAAUUGAAUAAAUCAGGAAAUUUUAGUAAAAUUGGCACUUUGAUAUGUUAUGUAGAAACCCAUCAUGUUCGUAUGAUGCUUAAUGUGUGUGUUACAUGGAGGACAUUGUGGAAUGUGAGCUGCGGACUCCACCGUGGUGUUAAGCUGCUUUGUCUUUUCUAUUGGUUUUAUUUUGUUUUAUCUUAUGCUCUGAAUGUGAAUAUUACUGUAUGGGGUCACUGGAUAAAGUCAGAGUUUAUUAAUUUAUUAUUUUGGUCAUACUUCCAUAUUGUGCUUAUGCAUACAGUAUACUGUGGUCUCUCACAUUUCUAGGCAACAGUUCUUACCUUUUCUUUUAUUUGAUAUAUAGGAUCAAUUGGAAUUCGCUUGAUCAACCCGUUUAUCUUAUCACAAUUCAAGAUCCCACUUGGUAAAACUGCUUAUUAUUGCAUGCACUUUAAGGACAAAUUCAGGUUGUGAAGUGAAGCAUGAAUCUGUCAGAGAUUUUAGCUGUUUGUAAAUAAAAGCAUUUUUUGUUUUUUUGUUUUAAGCCUAUGGAUACUGGACAUAAGCGCCAUAUUUGAUAUGAUAAUUUCACAAAUGCCUUUAUUUAAGUUGUGCCUGAAGCAGAUUUAAGUUCAGUGUUUGUUAUAUCUAUAUUUUAUUUACUGAGGCCGGCACCAUUUUGUUUUGGUUUCAUCUAAACUUGUGAAUCAUUUAUUGUUCACUAAUCAAAGUUCUUGUAAAGGAAAAUGGUGAGACUUGUGCUGUAUAACUUUUGAUAUGAAUAUUUGUACAUGAGAAUAUAGCUAGAACAUACAGAGACACUGGUCUAUUACUGAUAACAGAGCUUAACGAUAAAGAUUUUGCUUCAUUUUUGUUUUAUAAUAUAGAGAUAUGGUCAUACAGUAGCUCAAUAUAUUGCUAAGUCAAAUCACUAGACUCAGAUUGUAUAAAUGCUGGUGGAUGGAACCACAGACUUCUUAUAUCAGUAUGGUGAUCUUUUACGGAUUGACGGUUCAACAAAAGCAAACACAACAUGUGGGUCCAGAUUGCAUUUGAGUAAUUAGUGUCUAAUGAUCAGAUUUACAUAUUUUUUGCCAUGUUCAUUAUGGUCGUUGAACAGGUUGCACAAUGUUUCCAUUUAUACUGAAUGGAAAGAUAAUUGUUUGGUGCUUAAUUUCUAAUACCACUUUUAGCCUUGUAGUUUUUUGUCUUGGAGAGACGAUUGAUUUUUACAAAAUGUAAACAUGAAGCAUUUUGAAACCCCCUCUGAGUCAAAACACUACUAAGUUUUUCAAACACUCAUGACAUAUUUAGAGUACCCCAUGCAGUGAAACCCUCUACAAAUGAAGUAUAUGUAUGAAAAAAUAAAUACUAUUUCAUCACG